GCCCCGCCUCGGGGCCGGGUAGCGGCGGCCGAGGGGCGCCGUUAGCUGCCGGGCUCGCCCCGCGGGCGGCGGCCGCCCGCUCCGCAGCGGGCCGCGCCGGGCCCGGAGCUCUCGGCGCGUCCCUCCAUGGAGCAGCAGCUCCCGGCCGGCCGGCGGCCCCGGCUGGUGUCCUCGCUGGGGCUGGGGCAGCGCUGCUGGGAGGUCACCUUAGACCAGGAGCGGGGGCUGCUGGCCUGGCGCCACCCGCUGCGGGGCGGAGAAAACUAUUUUGUACCAACCUCUGAGAUCAUUGCUGUAGAAGAAACUGAACUGAACAGGAAACAGCGUAACACUGGCAAAUGGCAAAAGUUGGCAAAGCCACAUGCUUUCACAGUGUAUUACGUGAAAAAAGCCCGAAAUCACCGCUGGUGGUGCAGAGAUGUGACGUUUUGGUGCGUUGAUGAGAACUUGUGUAACCAGUGGACGCAGGCACUGAAGGAAUUACUUGAAAUGCAGAAGUGUAGACCAAAGCAGUUGCUUGUGUAUAUUAAUCCAUACGGAGGAAAACGACAAGGGAAGAGGAUUUAUGAACAGAAGGUUGCUCCACUCUUCAGUCUGGCUUCUAUCUCCACUGAUGUUGUUAUAACUGAACAUGCUAACCAUGCUAAGGACAACUUAUUUGAAGUUAAUAUUAACAAAUAUGAUGGUGUUGUUUGUGUUGGUGGGGACGGCAUGUUCAGUGAAGUGAUGCAUGGUCUCAUUGGAAGAAUGCAGAAGGACUCUGGCAUAGACCAAAAUAAUCCCAAAGCACCGUUAGUCCAAUGCAAUAUAAGGAUUGGCAUAAUCCCUGCUGGAUCAACAGAUUGCGUAUGCUAUUCAACUGUUGGCAUUUCAGAUCCGGUAACAUCAGCUCUUCAUAUUAUUGUAGGUGAUAGCCAGCCUCUGGAUGUCUCCUCUGUGCAUCAUAACAAUACAUUUUUGAAGUACUCUGUAUCAUUGUUGGGUUACGGUUUUUAUGGAGACAUAUUAAAAGAUAGUGAAAAGAAACGGUGGAUGGGUCCAAUGAGAUACGACUAUUCAGGCUUCAAGACUUUUCUUUCUCAUCAUUACUAUGAAGGAACGAUUUCUUUUCAACCAGCAAAACACACACUGGGAUCUCCACGAGAUAAAGAUAGCUGCAGAACAGGAUGUUACAUUUGCAAGGAAAGUGAGCAACAACUGGCAGAACAGCAGAAGAAAUGUGGAUUAAAACAUGAAGAAGAUGAAGAAGAAUGGAAGGUUAUUAAAGGGAAAUUUCUAGCCAUCAAUGCAGUAAAUAUGAGCUGCGCCUGUCCACGCAGUCCAAAAGGUCUUUCACCAGCAGCUCAUCUGGCAGAUGGUUCAGCUGACCUCAUUCUAGUUCGUAAAUGCUCCAGAUUUGAUUUUCUACGGCAUCUUGUCAGAAAUACAAACCAAGAUGACCAGUUUGACUUCUCAUUUGUAGAUGUUUAUCGGGUGAAGAGUUUUCAAUUUACAUCAAAGCUUUCAGAAGACAAUGGAAGCAAUGUUACAGACAUAGGAAAGAAACGUUUUGGCCAGUUCUGUAGAGAUCACCCAGCCUGUUGCUGCAAUAUUGCUGACAGCACUUGGAACUGUGAUGGAGAAACUCUGGAUAGUUCAGCAAUUGAAGUGAGGGUUCACUGCCAGUUAAUGAAACUGUUUGCAAGGGGAAUCGAGGAAAACUGUAAAGAUGAAGCUGCCUACAGCCACAGUAGCAUUGAACACUUACUAUAGACACUGUUCCUCCAAUGGGGAGAAGAAAAAAUAAAAGCUCAAGGAAAUUGAGUAUAUAUGCAUUUUAGUCAAAUUGACAAGUAUUUUAAAAUUUUAGAUUUUUUUUUGAUGGCUUCAGUAUAAUUUUAGACAUUUUAUUUCACUGUGUAUUUUUUUUAACAUUCUAAUCAUUAAAAUAUGUCUUGAAGUAAUGUAAUUUAUGUUAGAUUGGCAUAUAUGUAUGUAUUCACAAUGACUGAUAAAUACUCUGUGCUUUUCUAGAGAGCUAAUUUAGCAGCUGUGUUGCAAUAAUAUUUAAAUAUUAUAAAACAUUGAACUCUUUAUUGCCAUCAAACCAAGAUAUCAGGACAAGAUGUUUUCAGAGUCUGAGAAGAUGUUUUCUGCUGGGAGUGUUAUGUAGUUGCAUGUGGCUUAAAUGCUGGACAACACUGUUGUCGUUCGCAUUUUUUUUUAUUUUUUUUAGUAAAAUCUUUCAUUUUCUAAUUCUGACAAUACCUUGCAACUUAUCAAUGCAAUUCAAACACACAUUCCUGGCUUUAAGUAAUAACAAUAACAAUUUAGAAAUAUUUUGAAAACUAAAAGUACAUCUGUAUAUAGAUCAUACCUUCUCUUAUGUAAUCUAUUUAUAAAUGCUUCCUUGCAUGCUGCUUUUUGGGUUUAUAAAGGGUUUUAUGACUGUUCGGAUGAUACCAAAUACCACACACUGCAACUGAAAUGUCUUAUCAGCAACUGGUAGGGAUACAUAAUGAUACCACGAAGGCACAGGCAAGGGAAGAUAUAAAUAUCUUAUAAAACACCAGCAAAUUUUACAUUUCUAAAAAUAACUAAAAUUAACAUAUGAAAAGCUUCCCUUUUCAGUUUUCAAUUCUUUGGAGAUUCUACUAGAUACAUUAAAAUCUCUUAGCAAAAUAAGAUGUUGGAAUGUUAAGAUUGAAGAUACGAUUCAAUGAUUGAAUGUUUUUAAGUAAUAUUUUUAUUUAACUAAAUAGGAAACAAUUUGUGUUGUGAAGUCAAGGGAAGAAACUGGUAUAUGAUAAAUCACAAAUCACUGUGCUGACUUGUUUUUACAGCAAAUACAUAAGACUAUCAUGUACAGCUAUGGAGUGAUUAUUUGUGUAUGAAUUUGUGUAUUGUGGCACACACACAUACAGUGUGCAGGCUUGGUGCUGAAUUUUGCUCUUCUCAUACAGGUUUAUUCCUGUUUGAGGAUCAGAAGCUAGCCCCUGCUUUCUUCUGUAAACCUUACUGCAUCUCAGAUUUGUGUGUGUGUCUGAACAGCUAAUGACUCCCUCUAUUCAUGUGUAUCUAUUGGCACUUCUGUCAUUCAGCGAUUAUUAGUUUCAGUCUCCUGUGUAUUUGCUCUGUGUGAGCCAUGGUGAUCGGUUGGUUUAUUACUGAAACACUUGAAAUUUGUUUUAAGUGGCUGUUUUUUUUCUAUUGAAACAUUCCAGUUGUGUAAUAAAAUGUUGUGCUAUAUUGUUGCUAUAAAGUAUUAUUCAUACUGUUGUGUUCAUACUGUAUGACAAAAAAACACUUGCAAAUGAUAAUUGCUCAAAGUACAGUCAUACAAAGUUUAGGAUCUGUUUCUUAUUAUAUAGUGUUUCAGGGAGAUACUUGAAAACUUUUCCAAAAGUAGUACUGUACUUUCUUCAGUGAUGCAAUGAGUUGAAAAGUUGAUUCAUCCAAUGUUUUUCAGACAUUUGUUAUGUAUACUGUAUUUUAAAGCCAUUUUUAGUAAGUGAAAUAGUACUGUUGAACCAAGAACCCUGUUGAAAAAUGGAAUUAUACAGUCAUACAAAUGCAGAUAUCUUCUGAAAGUGUCAUUUGUGUAAAAAGUUUUAGUUAGAUUGAUCUAUCCAUGAAUAUUGUGAAAAAACUGAGAUCUCAAAUUACUGUAAUUCUUGGGCAGGAUAUGACAGUGUACACUCAGCUCACCAACAGACGAGGACUUUUAUGAAGCAUUACAGCUAUCCAGAUCACUUUCUUAUUUAUGAGAACAGAAGUAAAUACUAACCAGCUCUUUCCAUUAUUUUUCUAGCAAGUCAUGAGACUCCUAACUCAAAGAACGGUGGAUUAGUUACAUUGUGAAUGUAUACUGAAGUGCUCUGAGUACUUUUAAUAUCUGAAACUGUGCACUUGGUAUUUCCAAAAAAAAGCCCACAGUUAAGGCCCCCAUUCUGAGAAAUGAGCUACCAGAAAAGAAGGGAAAACAGAUCAUUCAGUCGUAUGGUAAUGAAGUGUAAAGUAAAUACUAAAGGUGUUGCAGCAUAAUAAAAUAAAAUCUCUUAGAAAAUAGAAAAGCUACAUAGCUGCAUUUGAAUAAUUAUGCUUGUAGCAUAUUAUACUAGGAAAGCAUCAUAGUUGUUGUAUGAAAUGUCCAGUGUAUUUUAAGAAGAGAGCUGUAUAAGUAACGUCUGCGUUCGUUUUAAUUCUAGUAUUUUUUUGUUUUGUUUUGUUUUUCCUCUGAAUGUAGUCUCAGUAUGAAAAUCAUUUAUAGGAAAACCAAGUUCGAUUUCCUUUUUUAUUUCCCAAUCUUGCUGGCUUCAAGAUUAGAAAAUGUGUUCUGUUUUAUGAGGCUAAGGGAAUUCAUUUAAAAAAAUAAAUAAAUUAUGUUGUACAGCA